GAUAAGUAUCUGGUAGUACAUAUACAUGUAUACUUUAACUUAUUGAGCCUGUAAGAAUCUUUGGUAUAUGUGAAAAUCAAUAGUAAUGAUGUUGCUUUUCAGCUACAUGUUCGUGACAUUGUGUCGGCUUUGACUCGGAUAACGAUUGGUAUUUCGGGACAUGUUGCUGUUCAUCUCUUACUUUAUUUUGUGGCUUCUGGAUGGAACUAAAGCAGAAACUGACCUGGCACUGGGCAAGCCGGCCAGUUCCAGUUCGCACAUCAACCAUCCACCACAAGCGGUAAACGAUGGGAAUACUGCCACAAAUUGGAGCAGUAGCAGCUGUUUCGCAGUUCAGUUAUCAGACUACGACCCCUGGUGGCAAGUGGACCUACAGGUCAAGGUCAAAGUAACCAAGGUCAAGGUCACAGCUAGAAGUGACUGCUGCCCUGAAAGACUUCAUGAUUUUUCGAUUGACGUGUACCAAGAACAACCUUCCAACCAACACUCUGCCCCCAAAUUAUGCUACUUCUACUCCGGUAGCGUGUCACGCCCAGGGGAGACUGUUACCGUUACCUGCUCAAGACCUGUCACUGGUCGCUUUGUCAGGAUCAGCGGUAAAAACAAAUUAAAUCAUCAAGACCUGCUCCAAUUUUGCGACGCACAGGUGUUCGGAGAGGCAAUAUCUACACAUUUCGAUUCAUGCGCAUCCCUCGUUCAAUAUAAACAACAACAUUCCACCAAGACUCCACUGAAGACCAUCAGCGAAGGAAUCGACAAUACCGCAGAUUGUGCUGCUGCAUGUGAACGCUCGGAGUCCUGCACGGGCUUCAGCAUCAGACACCUACCGGCCACAGUGUGUGAACUGCUUCAAGGGGAGAUAAGUCCCUCUCUUCAGGCUGACGUCUAAUGGGACAGUUACGUGUAUCAAGGAUGCUUCAGUGUGUGCGAAUAAAACUCGAAACUCCUUUGCUGAGUCAGGAUUCAUAACAACCUAUCAAGAAUAAUAUUCACGCCAAUAACUCGCGAACGGUAACCGUGAGUUUCUGCUGACUGGUUCAAAGCUGACCAAUGGCAGUGUCCGUAGACCGGGGCUGCAAUUGCAAGUUUUCUUUGUGACAGCACUCCAGUAAGCGCGUGCAAGUGUACUGGUACAAACUAAUAGUAUUGUAGUGGUUUUUUGAACAGAGGGAAGUGACGUCAUUUAUAACAUGUGGUUAUGACUUUAAUGAUAAACUGAAAAGGUAGUCAAGAGGCCUACAUCAUUCUGUGUUAGUUGUAGUGCACUGGGCAUGCUUUGAGGACGGUUUACGUUCGGGUUAAAUAUCUUCUCCAUAUUAUUUUAGUUACGUCUGCGGUUAUCGUAAACCACGCUAGGCAAUGUGAACGUCGCACGUCUACUGACAAUGUAAGUUUAGAACAGUAAAUCCAGAUUAAGUUGACUGCUCACGCGACAUUCCACGGAUGGAUUGUCGGAUUUGUUUAAUAGACUUAGUGACCACUGCCAUGUCGCUGUUUAAUUGUGAAUCGAGCCGAGACCUUAAAAAAGGUCCAGCGCAAUGUUUCCACCAGUGAUGAAGCAACAGCAAACCAAGUAACGGGAUGCUACGGAGUAGUUUGCUGUAGGGGACUGUACGAGGCGAUGAAAACUGACAUGCAUCAUGACGUCGGUUACCAAAUGUACGUUUAUUUACAAGAGGGCUGACGAAAAGUGACGUCAGUUCAGUGUGACGUAAUGCAU